AUGAACAAUUUAAUCACGAAUAUAAACAGAACAUCGAUUUUUCCUCCAUCAUUAUCAAUUGAAGAGGCUAUCAAUCUUCUCAACUCCAAUAGGAGUCUUCAAAACUGUCACGGACAAAUGUUGUGCAAAAUAUUGGUCGCUAAAGAAUGUAGAAGAUUGGGAGAAAAUAAUAAAAUGAAAAUCGCAAGUGCGGCGAGUUAUUUGUGGAAAGAGUCUACAAGUCAAGAAAAAUCUGAUUAUAUAGAUUUGAGUAUUCGAUCUUUCUAUUCGUAA